AUGGGUCUUAAGUCAUUCCGGACGGUCGGAUUAGUGUACGCGGUGCUGUGCUUUUUCUGCUCUUGCUAUGGAGUCAUUGCUGGCUUCAAGUUGCUGAUCCAGCAGGAGUUCUAUUGUGGUCACCUGGAGUGUGGAAACGGAUCUGACGCAGCUCUCAUUUCACUGGUAUUACAGAUCUUACUGCUGACACUGUCAGCGAUUUUCUCAGUAUUCAUCAAAGUUGGAAUCGAAGAUACUGUCCCAGAUCACGUCGCAACCUACCGCGUGUUCAUCCUGAUGCGAAACAUCGUCUUCACGAUCCAGCUGACGUACGAGGUGGUCCAGCUGAUGAUCCAGCAGCUCAGCGGAGAUCGGUCGCCCGAGACGCAGCAACUCCUCCAGCUGUCCAGUGCACUGCUGCUGAGCAUUUCGAUUGUUGCCGGCGUCGAGCUGUGGGUGGUCGAUGGAGUGCAGCGGUACGUCGAUCGGAUGGAUGCCAUCGAGCGUCACGACAACACGGUGGUGUAAUUAGAUUGAAUUCCGUCCUAUGACGUGAGCGUCGUGUGUUCAGUCCUGAAAGGGAAUCUUGGAAGGGGAAAUAGUGAUUGGAACUAAAAGACUGCAAAGUACGAUUUAAAUGUUAAAACUAGAGAAUUAAUGUUACGUUUCAAGCAAAUAGACACAACAAAUAUUCUCAUAUAAUUUUAAGUGUAGUGCUUUAAAAAAAGAGAUAUACAAUGUCUAAUUUAAAGUAUUUCAAUAACUUUAUAUUAAAUAUUAUU